AUGACAACAUAAUCUGGCCCAUUUUCUACUCCUGCUUUUAUUAUUAAGCUCUACGAUAUUUUGGACGAAUAGGUGUAAUUUAACUAAAUUAUCAAAUGGAGCGACGAUGGAGAGUAUUUUAUUGUUUUAUAACCUAAAUUGAUGGAGAAUGAAAUCUUAUUGCAAUACUUCAAACACAAUCAUUAUUAAUCCUUUCUAAGGUAACUCAACAUGUAUGAAUUUAUCAAAGCCAGAAACUCAGAAAAUUAUGAGAUAUUUAGUCAUCCCUUCUUCAAAAGAGGCAAUAAGAAACAAUUGUCCUUGAUCAAACGUAAUCCUAUUAAAACCAAAUGCAAAGUCAAGAAAGAAUUGAAGUCAGCUGUAAAGUAAUAUGAUUUUUAAAAAUAAAUGGAUUCAGAAUUGUUAUUUUUAAAAUAAAGAUAAACUAAAUUUGAAACCCAAUUUUAAGAAAUAAUCUCACAAAAUGAAUAAAUUAUGGAUCAGCACAAACAAAUUUGGCAAGAACUAAGCAAUUCCAAAAAAACACUUGAUGUUAAAAUUGAUAGAAUAAGUUAUUUACUUAGCUUCAUAAUCCAACAAUAAGGAAUCAAUAACCAGGACUCCAUAGAAAUGCUAAACUAGAUCUAGUGUAAACCAAAACAAGAAUAUUAACCGGUGGAAUCAUUGUCUCCACUAUUAAAAAUGAUGCAAAAUCAAAUGACAUGGAACUUGAAAGUACCCACUUAGUUGGGCACCUUUAGUCCCGUAUAUAAUGAUUAAGCCUAUUCACCUCUAGCCAUAAGGAGCUAAGAAAGUCUUGAUAGUUACUAAAGUUUAAGUCCCUUCUACUAAUAAUUCAAAGACUAGUGAUCAUAUAACAUAACUUUAU